AUUUUUCAUGUUAAGCUUUUCGAAAACAUUUUCAUAAAAUAAAUUAAAUUUAUAAAUCAGUCAUUAGUUUGUCAUAAGCUAAGACAGUUUAUUUUUAAAUAAUAGGGGUACAUUGUUGAGUUGUAUUUAAUUCAUACACGUAACAUAUAAUAAAAUAAUAUAUUAUAAGCGAUUAAGUGAAAGUCAAGUUCAAUAUGUGUGGAGGUUUUACGUGCUCUAAAAAUGCUCUUAUAGCAUUAAACAUUCUCUAUGUGGUUGUGGCCUCAAUUCUUAUAUCCGUAGCUGUAUAUGGCCAGGCUUCAGCUUUAACAACCUUACCUAUAGUUGGAGGGAUAAUGGCUUGUGGAAUUUUACUAAUUCUAAUAUCACUACUGGGUUUAGCUGGUGCUGUGAAGCAUCAUCAAGUCAUGUUAUUCUUUUACAUGGUCAUAUUAUUUCUUUUGUUUCUGGUGCAGUUUUCCAUUGCUUGUGCUUGUCUUGGAGUUAAUUCUGACCAGCAGGAGAUGCUGGCACAACAGGGUUGGAAUUCAGUUGACCUGGAUAUGAAGGAGCAGGUGCAGGAGAGAUUCCAAUGUUGCAGCUUUAAAAGCAGAGCAAUUGCACCAAAUGCCACCUUGGAUUACCCUUCAUGUGCUGUUGUUGAUGGAAAUUGCUGUAACCACAUGACAAUCACAGAUAAAUGUAAAUGUGAGCCAUGUAUGGAGAAGCUGAAGGAAACAAUAGAUUAUGCAUUUAAACUGUGUGGUGGAAUUGGACUGUUCUUCAGCUUUACUGAGUUUCUGGGUGUGUGGUUGACUGUAAGGUAUCGCAAUCAGAAGGAUCCUCGUGCUAAUCCUAGCGCCUUUCUUUGAAUGCUUUAUGGACUAAUCAAAGCUGUUCGCUGUAUGGAUCGCCCGACGUUAUCGCAACCAACCGGACCCAAACUACAAAGAGCCGCAUGCUGUAUUCCCUAGACAAAACUACUUAUAUUGAUUUUUAGCAUAACAGUAUUAGUUUAGUAACUUAUCACAAUACUCUGCUUACGAAAUUAUUUACCUACAUAUUCAUAAAAACUAAAUUGGUAUCACAGUUGUCAUUUCUUUUAGGCUGAAAUUUAUAGAGCGCUCGCAGAGAUUCAGAGUCGAGACAUGGCGUUAUCAUAUUUGUAUAUAAAACUGGUCUUUAUCCUGGUGGAUACGAUAAUUUUGAUCAUUAAGACCCAAUACACGAUACUUUUACGGCUCUGGUACGUUAGCCUGGCAUCAGAUAGUGAGCAGUCUCAAAUCCUUGGUUUCAUGUCAUGUUUCGACUCUGUAACUAGUAAGUUACACAGUGUGUGAGUACGCAAACAUUAGGAUUCAGUCAGGAUUUGAAUUAAUCGUGCUUCUGGGCAAGGAAUUAACUAAGCCUGAGUAGGUGUAUUCUUUCAUUAUUUUAUAAGUAAAUAAUCUAUAAAUUUUACCCUUCACCCACUUAAGACCGAUUUAGUUUUUAUUUAAUAAUUUACUUAAAAAGAACAACGUAGAACUUGACAAAUGUUACUGAAUUAUGUAAAUAUUAUUACUGCUAGUAUAUAUUUCGGACACGUUUAUUAAGUUUUAACGACAUUACAUCACCAGUGAACACAAAUUUCAUAGAAAUCUGAAUAAAAAAAAUUCUAGAAAAACUUAACUAUAAUUAAAAACAAACAAACAACUUUUAAUGGUAUGUUAUAGAUAUAUAUGUCUAUGUAUUACCUGUCUUAAGUUUAUCUACGUGUUAUGAUGAAAAAAUAAUUAUUAACGUACUAUAAGCCUCAAAAAGAUCUAGGUCUGAUAUUCAAUCCUCAAAUAGACUUAAGGGGUAACCACUUUAUGGUUUAAAAUUAAGGGGAAAGAGACGAAAGAGUGCAAGACUUUACUUUUUAUGAAUGUGGUGUUAUUAGUUUAUAAUCCAGUAAUCAACACUCAGUGUUAAAAUGUUUAUUUCGACUCAUGAGACAUCAAAAACGUUAUUUAACGAAAGUAAGCUUAGUAAUGCUCAAGAAUUUAAGUAUAAUUUUAUCUAGUUUAUUUAAAUCUAAGCGUGUAAAGACUAUGCUUCUUCGCUUCGUCUUCCUAAACAUAUUUAGGUUGCUGUUAUUAUAGUGAUUGUGUACGAGAAACAAGUUUAAGCCAUUUAAAAUGUUUGAGGCUAAUACAGUGUAAAUUUUUCAAAGGAGUGUUAAUCUGUAUUGUAUAUUAUGUUAUACAAAAAAAUUACACGUCGAAUUAUGGCUUUUAGGCAAAUAUGCAGAUUUUAUUCGAUAUAUGUCUACGUCAUUCCUAAUAUGGAUUUGAUACAAAACUGUAAUAGAGAACUUCAAUAUUUUAUAUGAUUUAUUUUUUCUUGCCAUUUAUGUUGUAAUGUACAUUAAUUGAUGUGAUAUAGCGGCUUUUGUAUAUGCACCUGUUUCAAAUGAAUUUUUAAAAGGCAUAAAACACUUCUAUUUACAUUUUUAAGUGUUGUACAAAAAAACCUCGCAAAAGACAUUUUAAAUUGUGGUUAUUUGUAUGAAUGAAUACCUAGGUAACACUGAAAAUGUUUCGAAAAUGAAAAACGGCUUAAUGUAGAAAGUUGCCAAUACUUUUGUUUUUCGAAGUAGUCUCCGUUCCUCUCUACACAUCGUCGCAUUCGAUGGAA